AUGGCCCAGUUCCUUAGAGGCAAACAGGCCGGUAUCCAGAAGGAUCUGUCGGAGGGUCUGUCGCCGGACCUGUUCCUGCUCGACGAAUUUGCUCGAUGCGGCAUUAAUUCUCAGAUCAGUGUGGUGGCAUACGAUCCCGUACAAUCCCUCCUCGCCGUAGGAACAAGCGAUACACAGUUCGGAAGCGGGCAGAUCUACGUCUUUGGCCAGCGACGGGUGCUGGUCGUGUUCAAUUUCCCGCGAAAGGCGUCAGCCAGGUUCCUACAGUUCUGCGGCGAUAAGCUUGUCAGCGUGGACUCGAGGAAUGAGAUCUCCAUCUUCUCGCUGGAGACAAAGAGCGUGCUCGUCUCCUAUGCGCCGCCGGGCCAUGUCACUGCGUUGUUGACGGAUCCUAGCCUCGAUUAUGCUUUUAUUGGCUUACAGAAUGGCGAUAUCAUUGCGUACGAUAUGGAUCGUGAAUCGUUGACGCCCUUUCGAGUGCCGAACCUGUGGGCAGAGCGUAACUCACGCACUCGAUUGACACCCGUGAUCUCCAUGGCAUUUUCGCCUCGCGAUAUCGGCAAGAUUCUUGUUGGCUAUCCCGAAGGAGCCGUCGUGUUUUCGUUCAAGCAGAACCUUGCACAGAAGUACUUCGAGUACGAGGUGCCCUCCGGCGCGCUGGGAGGCGACUCGGGGAUCCCGUUCAACGAUGUCCGCAAGCCGAAGGUGACACAGGUGCUCUGGCACCCGAACGGGAUUUUUGUCCUGACGGUCCACGACGAUACGAGCUUGGUCCUGUGGGAUUCCAAGGACGGCCGCAAGCUAAUGGCGAGGACGAUCCAAGAUAUCAAUGUAGAUCAGCCAGGUGCUGUUUCCGGCAGACCUGGCUCGGCAGGGGGCCUCCUGGAAACCAAGCACCCCAUCACUAAGGUUGCGUGGUGCGCGAAACAGAACGCCGACAAUACCGGCCUUUUGGUUGCUGGUGGCGGAUUGAAGGAUGAGCCCGGCAAUGGUCUCACCUUCUUGGAUUUCGGAACCACCCCCAACUACCAGACCUCCUCGUGGCAGAUCCUGUCGAAUUAUUUCGAUACAGUCAAAACGACCACCUCCCUUGCUGUGCCUCCAGGUGCACAAGUGGUGGACUUUUGUCUGCUCCCGCGCUCGUCCCCUUACUACGCCGGCGCUCAUGACCCUAUCGCGGUGAUGGUCCUGCUGUCGUCUGGUGAGCUGGUCACUCUAAGUUUCCCCAGCGGCCAUCCAAUCACUCCCACAAACAUGCUCCAUCCCUACCUUUCCUUCGUUCAGCCGUUUGUCACAAAGAUCAGCAUGGCGCCAAUCGACCGGUCUGCCUGGCUGGGUCUCAAGGAGCGACGGCAACAAGGCCCCAGGUUUUUGGUCGGCGGUGCAGAGGGGAAGAAGACUCUCAAGCGCUUCGAACGCCGCAACAUCAUCAUAGCCGCACAUGCCGACGGGACCAUCCGUCUCUGGGAUGCCGGCAACGACGAUGAAAUCGAGAACGGCGAGGUGAUCCAGGUCGAUCUCAGCCGUGCGGUUGGCCGCGUCAGCAACGUUGAAGUCACCCAGAUGUCCAUGGUGGGAUUGACUGGCGAGCUGUCUGUCGGCCUCCGGAGUGGAGAGGUUGUUAUCUUCAGAUGGGGCAACAAUGCAAACGUUGGCAGCGAUGCGCCUGCUGGCCCGAAUAGUGGACCCGGAGCACUCACGAAUAUUAAGCACCGUACUGACCCGGGCCUGAAACAGGGUCUUCUGCCACUCACCAUGUUGGAAAUGGAAAAGGGACCUGUGACGGCACUGAAACAUAGUGAAGUCGGUUUUGUCGCCGUCGGCUUCGAAGGCGGCUCUUUUGUCAUCAUCGACUUGCGGGGGCCGGCCAUCAUAUACACUGCUCAUCUCUCGGAUUUCUUGAAACAGAACAAGCGGGCCAGUUUCCGCAAGUCCCGCGCAUCCGAUGAGGCACCAGCAGAGUGGCCGACUAGUAUCGAGUUUGGAGUCAUGACUUUGGAGGGUGAAGAAUAUUCAAGCAUCUGCUGCUUUGUUGGUACUAGCCGUGGCAACUUUGCGACUUUCAAGAUCCUGCCGGCCAGCAAUGGAACCUAUUCCGCGUCUUUUGUGGGGGCUACCUCUCUUGACGACAAGGUUAUCAGCAUCUCCCCUCUCGAUGUUGAAACUGGCAGUCCUGCCUUGGCAUCUCCUAAUGCCGUCGGGGGGUUGAGGAACGGCCUUAAGGUCAACGGUGUCGUUGUUGCCGUGACCGUGUCAGGCUGCAGGAUCUUCAAACCUGCCACGGCCAAGGGGGCCCACAAGACAUGGGAUAAUUAUCUUUGUGACUCUGCUGCGGUGGUGAAGACCGAGGGCCGUGGCUACAGCCUUGUUGGGCUCUUCGGGGACGGGAAUGCGCGGGCUUUCUCGAUCCCAUCUCUCAAGGAAAUAGGAUGUAGCAAGAUCGAUCACAUCGUCGACAUGAGGCGGAUAUCCGAGUCGCUUGUUGCACCGUCGGGUGAUAUUUUGACUUGGGUUGGCCCGUCGGAAGUUGAAGUACUCAGUGUCUGGGGCUUUGGGGUCACACUUCAACCUUCUGAUGACAAGCUUUACAACGACCAACUCCCGAUGCCUCCGCGACCGACAAUCUCGAAUAUGCAGUGGAUCUCUGGCACCCAGUACAUAUCUCCCGCCGACAUGGACAUUCUCAUUGGGGGUCCCGACCGGCCACCGUCGAAGAAGAUGCUGGAGCAGAUGAAACUUGACGAGCAGGAACGGCAGCAACUCACCCGAAACUCACGCUCGUCGACCGGCCACAGUUCCCAGCAGGGCAGUGAAGAGGGCUACAUGGCGUACAUGCAGCGUCAGAUGCAGGAACGCACUGAACGGCUCGGGAUCAUGGGAGACACCAUGGACCGGCUGGAGGAGAACAGCAGCAACUGGGCCGACGAUGUGAGCAAGUUCGUGUCGAAGCAGAAGAAGAAGGCCGUUCUGGGAGUUCUCGGAUCGAAAUUCGGUCUCUAG